AUGCCUGGUACGCAUCUACUUCCACCAAAUCUACUAAAGUUAUUCGCCCCUCGACCGCCGCUACCAUAUGCAAGACCCCUCGACAAGGACAUUAACCGUGUCAAAAGCAAGAAUGUCUCCGGUGUCGCUGCAAUCCUUGAACAACUGAAGGAGACGAACACGGAGAAGCUGAUAGCGGGGACUAAGGAUGAGGAAACGAUGGAGGAGGGAGAGGAGCCUGUGUUCACGUAUGCAGAAGAAAUUAAGCGGCAAAUAAGACGGGAAGAACGGAGAAACCGGAAAACGGAGGAGUUCAAAAUCGCCAAGGAUGUUUAUAAGCCAUCUGAUGAUCCGGAAGCAGUUGGUGACCCAUACAAAACGUUAUUUAUUUCCCGUCUACACAAGAGCGCUAACGAAAACGACUUGCGCAGAGAAUUCGAAGGCUACGGUACCAUCGAAAGGGUACGUAUUGUUCGGGACAAAAAAGGCCGGAGUCGAGGCUAUGCUUUCGUUGUAUACGAGCGAGAACGAGAUAUGAAAGCUGCCUAUAAAGAGUCCGAUGGUCUCCAUAUCAUGGGCAAGCGAAUCCUUGUUGAUGUGGAGCGUGGUCGAACUGUUCGUGGUUGGAAACCUCGCCGGUUGGGAGGUGGUCUCGGUGGCCGACCUAAACGUGUGGAAGCACCAGUUGCUCCACCUCCUUCACGCGGUGGUUUCCGCGGAGGCUUUGGUGGUGGGGGUCGAGGCUUUGGUGAUCGUGGUGGAGGUUUCCGUGGUCGUGGCGGCUUCGGUGGUGGACGUCCCGGAGGCUAUGGUGGGGACCGUGGAGGGGGUUUUGGUGGUGAUCGUGGAGGAGGCUUCGGCGGUGACCGUGGAGGAGGCUUUGGCGGUGAUCGUGGCGGCUUUCGUGGCGGCGAUGGAGGGUUCCGAGGCGGUGGCGACGGCCAAAGAGGUCGGGAUUUCGGUGCUGGCGGAGGCGGGUUCAGGGGCGGCCGAGGGGCUGGUCUUGGUUACCAAGGUGGGGGGGGCUUCAAUGACCAGUCGAAUGGGUAUGGACCUCCUUCCGGCGGUGGGUAUGGCGGCCCUCCCGGCGGUGGGUAUGGACCCCCAGGUGGUGGGUAUGGAGGUGGCGGUGGGUAUCGCAACGACCUCAAGCGUGGCGAUGGACCGGGUGGUUACGACGAUAGGGAUUCCAAAAGACCACGGUACUAA